CUUUGAAGGCUAUGAAGGACAAUCCGUGCAAAAAAAAAUGGCACAGUACUCACUCUGGGCUUCAAUUUUAACGAAUUUUUGACAUUUCCACAUAACUGAAAAGUCAGUUAAUUUCUGCUCCACAAACUGAAACAAUGAAAUCCAAGUCACCCCCACCACUGCCGCCACCGUCGUAUCUCCGCCGCAUCAUCGAUUUCGACACCGCAAUCUCCCACCGUAUCUACACCCUAACACACCCAAUCCUCCCAUACUACUUCCUCAAAACCCUAGAAAUCUCCGGUGACGGCUUCCUCUUCUUCCCUAUAAUCCUCUCAUUACUCCUCUACCCUCUCGCUUUCUCCAACAACAACACUAAUUCCAACAACAUUUUCCUAAUUAACUUACUCUUAGGUGGAAUCCUUGACCUAAUCGUAAUCGGACCAUUAAAACACCUUAUUCGGAGGCCCCGACCCGUUUACAAUAAGAACAUGUUUGUUUCCUUUUCUGUUGACCAUUGGUCUUUUCCUAGUGGACAUUCAUCUAGGGUUUCAAUGAUUGCUACUCUCUUUUAUCUUAAGUCUGAUUUCGUUAAGGAUGUUUUGGUUCAGCUUAAGUAUGAUUUAUUUGUGGAUUAUUUGAUGCUUAUUGUGAUUGGAUGGGCUGCGACGACGUCGUUAUCUAGGGUUCUACUUGGACGGCAUUUCGUUUUCGAUGUUGUUGUUGGUGUGUUGUUGGGUGUUGGAGAAGGGAUCUUUGUGCUUUGGGUUUUCAAUUAUGUUGCAUUGACCUCAUUCUUCACAAAGUUGUAAGCUUUAUUAUGUAUUCGUUAUAUGAAUGAAAUUUGUUUCAAUAGCUAGCUCUCUAAAUGCUUUAAUGUGUUAAAAACGACAAAUUAUUGAGUAUUAGAAUGAGACGGGUUCAAAGAUCGAAAUGGAUAUAUAGAUUCUUAUAACCGGCCCCGAUUAAUUAGGUAUUGAGGCCGAAGAGUAGUUGAUUUUGUUGUAUUAUGCUUUGCUGUGGUUGGUGAUCGGAUGGGCCGCAACGACCUCGUUAUCUAGGGUUCUACUUGGACGGCAUUUCGUGUUUGAUGUUGUUGUUGGUGUGUUGUUGGAGAAGGGAUGUUUGUGUCUUGGGUUUUCAAUUAUGUGUCAUUAAGCUCAUUCUUCACUAGACAAAGUUGUAAGCUUUUAUUCCUUAUUUGUUGUCAUUGUUGAUGUAAAACCUAAGCGGUCCAUCUAACAUAACUCUAUGACUGGUUUAGGUCAGAGCAACGAGUUCUAGUAAUUAAAUGUAGUUCUCGUAGGUUUUAGGCUUUUAGCUAUCAUGGAAAAGCGACUCAGUCGAUAGAGUGAGGAACUUCUCUUCUUUUACUCUUGUGCUUUCCUGUGGGUAUUGAAAAGUUAUUGUCAACUUAGGGUCUUAAAAACAAUAUCUAAGAUAAUAAGGGCUUGUAUAAACCUAUUAAACCUGUCACUAUAAUACUCUGUUAUAUCCUGGGGUCAUCUCCUUGUUAUAUUGGUAAUUGUUUUGCCUCUAGUUGUGGUAUGUUCUGAUAUGUUCUGAUUGAGAGAGGGAAAAGGGAAGGUUGUCCAUUCAAACUUAUAAGAAGUGACAAGGAGCAGAAAGGUCUGCACUUAUGUUCUUACGUUGGAGUCUAUCCCUGUAGACGUUCAUAUUAUGUACAAUUUUUCUUCUAAAUGGUUAGGGAUUGUGGCAAUUUUAACAAAUUUUGCUGAAAGAUAUUUCACUUACAUUUCUACCCAAACUUGGAGUAACUAAAAGUUCAACUUCCAUAGUAAUUCUUCCUUUCUCUUUUCCAAAAGCUAAGUUAUUGCCAUCUCAUUCUUUCUAUUCUUUUUAUUCAAUCAAUUGUGGAAGGAAUGCACACUAAGGGAACAUCUGCUCGAACUACCGAUUAAUUAAUGAAGUAAAGAGAUGCCGUGAAAAAUUAUGAUGGUUAGAAAAGCCUUCUGGUAUUCCUGUAAAAUUUUACACAUCUGCUGGAACUACAAAUAAUUUUAAUGACGUAAAGUGAUGCCGUGAAAAGUUAUGAUGAUUAGAAAAGCGUUUUGGUAUUCCUGUAAACUUUUGGAAGUUUAUUGGAGAGGUGGAGCGGUUCAGCAAAAUCAGUGGAAAAAGAGUGUGUUAGUGGCGAUAUAUAAAUCCAAAGAAGAUAAUCAAUAUUAUAUGAGCUGUUGUGGUAUAAAACAUAUAAAUCGUAUGAUGAAAGUUUGGGAAUGAGUAUAUAGGCUUUUGGACAUUAUAAAGGUGAUAGAAAGCCCACUUAGAUACAUGACAGUGCUUCAAGCCCCAUGGACUGUUGGUAUCUGAUUGAAGGUGCGAAAUUGGGAUGAGGUAGACCUAAAUCUCAUGGAAUUUUCAGAUCUGAUGAGAAGGAAAGGUGUAAAUAUUAUGCUUUUCCUACAUCUUUU